AUGUGUAAAAAAUUAGUGUUUCUCAUUGAAUUGGUCUUAUUAGUAUUCAUCAUUGAUGAGACGUUUUGUGCACCAAAAGGCAAGGGCGCAGGUCCUACUGUUUCCCCUUUGGGAACACGCACAAGAAAUCCAGAUAAAGUACACGGUCAAGAUUCAAUAUGUAAUUUACUGAAUUACGGAGAAUUUAAUGAGCCUGGUAUACAGACUCAUACAUUGAAUGAUCCUAAUGAGCCCAUCAAGAAAUAUCAAACUGGACACAAAAAUCGCGUGGAAUACGUUCGUGCAGUUAUUACCGUUCAAACUAUACAAACCAAAGGCUCAGCAACCAAUGACGCUACUCGAAAAUUUGCACGAGAAAUGGGAAAGCCAACAGAUGAUGCUGGCCAUAUUAUUGGAAACAAUUUAGGUGGUACUGGUCGAAAUGUCUAUAAUAUUUUCCCACAAAGUUCUAAUAUCAAUCGAGGUGCAUGGAGUCAAGAAGAGAAAGAUAUUCGUAAUUUAGUCUUGACUCAUAAACAACCUGUUGAAGUUAUUGUUCAACUAUAUUAUCCAACGAUAGAUGCAACAAGACCAAAUCGUUUCACAUAUCGGGCAGCUUAUAACGGUGCUUGUCAUACAGCUAGUGUUGACAAUCCAUAA